GAGAGAGACAGACAGACAGAACGAAAGGGAGAGCGAAAAUCGGCAAUAAUUUGUUCUUUGUCUUCUGUUCCUUCUCUCUUUUCUUUCGUUUCUUACAAUUUUUUUCUUCCUCAUUUCCUAUAGCAGUCCGUUUUCUCUCUGCUUUCCGAAGAAAGACAGCCAUUAUUAUAAUUAUUAUUAUUAUUAUGAUCCUUGUUCUGCAACACUCGCCUGAUCACAACGUAUUUCACUCAAGGUAGGAAUUCCCCAUUACUUCCUUUUCAGGGCUGUAAGAGUAUAAUACCCUUUCCAUCCAUCAAUCCAUCCAUCCAUCAGGGUUGGUUAUUCAUGAUCUCUUGAGUUUAGCUUUCAAGGUUGCCUUAAAAUAAGGUCAAACAAUGUCGUGUUGUGGAGGUGGGGAAGAAGAACUUGCUGGACCACCUGCGAAUCAAUAUGCAGCCCCUUAUAAAGGGGGAAAUGCCUAUGGUGGUGCCGGUGGAAUGGGAGAACCGAGAAGCUCAAAUCAACCAAGAGGUGGUGGUCCUCAAAAAGUUUUGCCCAUUGAAGUCCCAUCUAUGGAAUUGAGUGAACUCAAUAGAUUGACGGGUAACUUUGGAACCAAGGCUUUGAUUGGUGAAGGUUCUUAUGGUAGGGUCUAUAACGCGACAUUACAAGAGGGUGAGCAGGUAGCAAUAAAGAAGCUGGAUACAAGUGCUUCAACAGAGCCUGAUAAUGAUUUCUCAGCCCAGUUAUCAGCAGUUUCAAGGCUUAAGCAUGAACACUUUGUGGGCUUGUUGGGUUAUUGUUUGGAGGCAGACAACAGAAUUUUGGUAUAUGAAUAUGCAACAAUGGGAUCUUUACACGAUAUAUUACAUGGAAGGAAAGGUGUACAGGGUUCUGAACCUGGUCCGGUUCUAGCCUGGAGUCAGAGAGUGAAAAUAGCUUAUGGUGCAGCUAGAGGGCUUGAGUAUUUGCAUGAAAAAGUGCAGCCUGCAAUUGUUCAUCGUGAUGUCAGAUCUAGCAAUGUCCUUCUAUUCGAUGAAUUUUUGGCAAAGCUAGCUGACUUCAAUUUGACAAAUCAGUCUUCGGAUACUGCAGCUCGACUGCAUUCUACAAGAGUCUUGGGAACUUUUGGUUAUCAUGCUCCAGAGUAUGCAAUGACAGGGCAAAUAACUCAGAAAAGUGAUGUCUAUAGUUUUGGAGUCGUUCUUCUUGAACUUCUAACGGGAAGGAAACCCGUUGAUCAUACAAUGCCCAAGGGGCAACAGAGUCUCGUUACAUGGGCAACUCCUCGGCUAAGCGAAGAUAAAGUGAAGCAGUGCAUAGAUCCCAAGCUAGGGGAUGAUUACCCACCAAAAGCAAUUGCUAAGAUGGCUGCAGUUGCAGCACUUUGUGUUCAAUAUGAAGCAGACUUCAGGCCAAACAUGACAAUUGUGGUGAAGGCUUUACAGCCGCUUCUCAAUGCAAAACCGGCUGCUGCUUCCGCAGAAUCUCGUGUAUAGAGGUGAAAAGUGUUUCAGGAUGGGAUACCAUUUUUUCCUCUUCUACGAUUCCUUAAAUUUGUUAGUAAAAAAUAGUUUGCACUGUUGUUGAAAGUAAUUUAAAAAUUUACUGGAGCUAAUGCAGAACAGAGGAAAGUCUGAUUAUUAUUAGCAGUCAUUUUUUUAUUUAUGCUACAGUACUUAAUGGGAAACAUCCCUUGUACCAAUCUUAUACAUACAUUUCUUGUCUACAUGUAAUGGAUCAUGUUGUUCAUUCUUUUUAAAUCAUCUU